AAGCAACUGUCCUAAGAAGGACCAGGAGAUAAUCAAGGCGAUGUCUUCCACCAGACUCAUUCCCCUGUGGAAGGAUUUUAAAUACCUCUUAAGUGACAUCGUACAUAAAAGCCAGCAAACUUUAGAUGACCCAAAGAGUGAGGUAGUUGUGCUGAGUGACCGGUCCCAGAUACUGUUCAAAGAGUCUCGCCAUCCUCAGAAUAUGCCGCUCAUAUGCUAUUACUUCAGUGAUGCCAACUUCUUUGCCUCCCUCUCUUGGGUGACAGCAGGCACAAAGGAAAUACAGGCUGUAGUAUGGAUGAAGAGCAAAACUGAGGACAUGGUCGAGAAGAGAACAUUCUCCAUGACCGAACGAUUGCCGCCCAUCCAGUCCAUGGUCCACACAGGUUCCUUUCAUAUCCUCGUGGCCUACUGUGGUGAUCUGCUCCUGCGGCUCUUUGGGGACCACUUUCGGUCAUUCAAACCCCUGGGUAUAGUGCCCUGCCGCUUUAACAUCAACUGCCUCUGCUAUGACCCGGAAAUGAAGAUGCUUCUGUCGGGCAUCCUGGGAGCAGUGGUCACCUGGACCAUUGAGCGGAGUGGCAGGGGCCUCGUGAUGGCCCACACGGUUCCCAUGCCUGGCGAUGAGCUUGUCCAGGACAUCACAUUGAAUGGCCCCAGUGGCUCCCUCCUAGCCAUGUGUGAGACUGUGGUGAGGAUGCUUGAGCGCCAGGGCCAGGGCCGCCUGGGAGAGGUGAAGAGGUUCACGUCCACCACCAGUGGCUCCUCUAUCACCUGCUGCUUCACCUGUUUUGAUCAGGGCUUCCUCUAUGCUGGAAACAAGACUGGGGAAAUCCAAGUAUGGAGCCUUGGUUGGGGCCAGUCUCUCCACAGUUUCAAGGCCCAUUCCUCAUCAGUGAUUUGUAUCCGCAGCCGGCCAGAAGCCCACACCCUGCUAACAGCUGGCAAGGAAGGCUUAAUCAAGGAGUGGAACCUGACGUCAGGGAACCUGCUGCGGCGGCUAGAACUUGGCGAGGAACUGUAUCGACUCCAGUUUAUCGACAGCAGUACUUUCUUCUGCCAGACUACCCAUACUUUCUCCUUGUGCUCUCUGCCCUGCUUCUACAGCCUCUUCAAUGUCUGUGGCUCUGCUCCUCAGCAGCUGCGUCGCGUCCGCUGCGCUGAUAACUGGUUCCGGAUCCUGUGCACUACGGAGGAUGGCUUGUUGCGCUUUGUGUCCCCACUAACAGGGGAUCUUCUGGUUCUCACCUGGCCCUUCUCCAUCCUGGACCGGGCAAUGGAUUGGGCCUAUGACCCAGAUAAAGAGGAGCUCUUUGUAGCAACAGGCAGCUCAGAGGUGCUAGUAUUUGACACAACCCGCAGCCCUUGCCCGGCCAAGUAUCUCUUAUGCACCUCACUGGAUUCUCAGGACUUGGUUCAAUGCCUGGCUUAUGGGCAUUUCCACCUGGGUCGGGGUCUAGAAGGACUAAUGUUCUCCGGACACCAGAGCGGUGCGAUAAGAGUGCUUUCCCAGCACAGCUGCGCCCGAAUAGAGAAAUUCAUGCACUUUGGGGCUGUACUGGCACUUUCCACACUGCCUGGAGGGUUUUUUGGCGGCCGAGAAAACUCUUUGCUCUGUUCCUAUGGAAUGGAUGACUAUGUGCACCUAUCAGAAACUCUGCUUGAGGGGAUCAGAGUACGUCUGCGGCCCCUCGCCAGCAUUCUCAGCAGCUGUCACCUAAACCACCUGAUCCUCUUGCCCAAGGCUGUGGGUGCCAUCACGGAGACUAACUGCCUGCGUCUCUGGAAGUUCCAUGAUUUUGUGUCCUCUGAGUCACAGAAAGGCUCGAUGUUCAUAGAGACAUUGCCUCUGCACCAGUGUGCCAUCACGUCCUUUGACGUCUGCCUGUCCUUGAGUCUUUUUGUCACAAGUAGUAGUGACGGCUCUGUCCGCAUCUGGAACUUCCAUGGGAGGCUUGUAGCCAUGCUGGACUCAUCACUGCACUUUGGCCCAGUCUGCUUUGCAAAUGACCGGGGCGACCUGCUUGUGACUUUCAACCAGAGUCUUUAUCUAGUGUCCUGUUUAAAACUGCUUCCCCCAGCCAUGCUGGUUCGCCUUUCCUUUAUAAGCAUGACAGAUGAAGUGCUAGAAACUCCUAAGCCUUUCAUACCAAGCUUCUUCUUCUCCUUUGAGACCAUGUUUGUGCCCAAGUAUAUCUACCGUGGACAAGGGCAACAGGAAUUAGUGGGUCUGGAGAGCCUUGUCAAUAAGCGGGCCAUUGCCUUUGACCAUACCGUGCCACACGUCAUAGAAGAAGAUGAGCAAGGGAGCUCCACGUUACUGGCUGCCUCCAGACACGAUUCCUUGCAUAAGGAGGAAACUGAUUGGAUGCAAGUGAGCAAACCUCGUCAUGCCCAGUAUGUAGUUCCUCCCCAACUACAGCUGACUACCUGGGAUGGACUCAACCCCUAUCAGAUAUUGCGAUACUACUUUGGUCAGGGGCGGAAAUGGCUCCUUGCUCCUGAUUGCUACAUCCCCAACUCAGUGAUUCGUGCCCGUCUUUGGCCAGAGGGCAGCCCAAUAUACCUACAGUGCAACCUGCACUCACCCAUGCGGGAAUUGGAAUGGGACAAGUCUCAACAGUUCUUCUUCUGGCACAGUAAGGUAAGAGCUAUAAGUGAUGUAGGACAAUAUCCACAGGAAAAAGAGGAUGAAGACUUCAUAGAAACGAGACUGUCCAGGGAUGUAACCUACAAUGUCCUUAUAGACUCAGCAAACCGCAGUUGGCUGGGAAAAAAGAUGAGUGAAAUAGCUAUUAAUAGCCUGAUUGAGACAAUCCUCAACAUUAUGAUCUAUGCUUCUCCAUUGAGGUACCAAUGCUGUAUUGGUGUGCUCGGGCAAAUCUUUGCCUCUUACCAGGUCUCUCCAGCCUUGCGUUCUGAAGUGGCCCAUCGUCUGCUGGAUGAUACAACCCAUUCCAAUCCACUGAUCCGAGAGCUAGCCUGGGAAGGACUGAAGCAUCUAGGAAUGAUUACUCAUCUCUUUGCCAUGCCACUGGCCCAAGGAUUAAUGGACAAGGAUGAAAGAGUGAGGAAUAAGGCGCUGAGCCUCAUGGCUGAGACUGGAAUCAACUCUAAGACCUCACUCUUACACUUGAUCCAGAACCGAGAGACCUUCCGGGAGAUGCAGCAGGAAAUGAUUGGGGAGGAAUCCCUGGACCAUCUGCUGGGGAUGCGGGCCACAGAUCUCCAAAUCCUUCAUACUAAAGUGGAGCAGCGCUUGGAGGAAAACCUGACCUUGUCACAGGGAGUUGGAAAGCCUGCUUUUUCUUUAGAUGUCUCAAGGCCUUCUGAACUUACAUCCCUUUCCAAGCAAGUUGAUACAGUUCCUGAAGAAUCUGAAGGUGCCAUCAAGCCUGGCAAAGGCCAAAGACGAGGCCGAGCAGGAAGCAAAAGGCCAAUCCGAAAAUGGUUGCGGGGCCUCAAGAAGAUAAAAGAGGCUGACACAGAGCCAGCUCCCUUAAAGGGUGAACCUGAGCAGAGUGAAGCUGCGCUCAGUGAGGUGGAGGAUGCAGCCAUCUAUUCUUCCAAGUCUUCAGUCCUCAGUGUGCUAAAGAUUUCAAAAGAUGCUGAACAACAACCUCCAGAGAAAGAUGCCUCAAAGGAUCAAAUUGCAUUGACCCUAAAGAUGCUGGGGAAAAUACGUGACAAAACAGGCAAGAAAACAACAGUUCGAAAACCCAUAAAGAGGCGCAAGAAGAAGACAAAAGAAGCUAAAGUUGUAACUGAGGAACCUCUGUCUACUGUAAAGGAAGAACCAGUUGUGAAGAAGAUGAAGGCCAAAGGGCGCGGUGCCUCUGGAGCGCCUGGCCUCAGGACUGCCUCUGGAGACGGCUCCUCAUGGCGGGGUGAUCUGUGUCGUCUUAUGACCCUCAGGAUAUCUGGUUUUCAAACACAAAUGUCAGAAGCUCUAAACACUGAGCUAGUGACCUUGGCUCAGGAGGUGCUGGCAGAUCAGCACCCCAGCUGGGACCUCUUUCAGGAGAUCUGCCCCCUGUUGAAGAAAGAAAGUGAGGUUCUGCUGGAGGACCUUGAGUGGGAGGCAGCCUGGCCAGAGGAGAAACCAAUUUUCAUUCACGAAGGAGCAAUUAGAGAGGACAUGGUGAUCAGAGAGAUGGAAGAGAUACCAGAGGAGCAAAAGCAAGUGCAAAAGGAAGCAAGGGACAUGCAGGACUUGCAGGAAACCCAGGUGAUUUCCAAAAAAGGCAAGAGAAAGAGAGUUAUUUUUUUAGAACCAGGCGACCUAACCAAGGGAAAACAAAUAUCGAAGAAGGAAGAGAAGCAAUCCUCUAAGAAGCCCUCUAAGCAAGAGAGGAAAGCAGUCCAGCAGGAAGUCAAAGUGGAUAAAAAGGAGAGGAAAAUGUACAAAGGAGAGAGGGACGUGAGUGAGGAAGUGGGAGAAAAGGCCAUACUGGAGCAGAAAGUGGUUGAUCGAGAAAGAAGACCAGUUAAGGAUGAGAGAAAGCUGUCCUGGCAGGAGCGGAAGAGGUCCUGGGAUCAGUGGAAGCAGGCCUCCAGUGAGACAAGGACAUCCUGGGGUGAAGGGAAGGAGGCUUGGGACAGGAGGCAUCUUGAGGAAGAGGAGAAACUGCAAGAGGACAAAAAGAAGCUAUUCCCAGUUGAGGAAAAGCUGUAUGAGGACGAGAGGAAGCGGAGAUGGGAUGAGUGGGAACAGGACCAGGAAAAAACGUUGUCAGCCAGGUCCAGAGAUCAACUGCUUGAGGAUGAGGAGGAAUUGACCUUGGCGGAAGAAGGAUUGUCUCAGGAAGAAGAAGAAGAGCGGGUGACAGAAGAGCAGAGACAGAUCCAGAAAGAACGUAAACAGGCCUGGGUCGACAAGAAAAGAGCCCAAGCUAAAAGAAAACGAGCCCAAGAGGAGAGGAAGUUGGCACAACAGGAAGAGAAGCUGGCACAAGAAGAGAUAAAACUGGCCCAGGAAGAGAAGGAACUGGCCAGAGAGUACGGGAAACUGGCUCAGAGAGACAGGAAAAUGGUCCAGGCAGAGAGGAAGUUUGUUCAGAAAGAGGAAAAUCUGGCCCAAAGAGGGGAGAAGCUAAGCCAGGAAGCAGAGAAAUUGGCCCAGAAAAAGAAGCAACUGGCCAAGAAAUUGGAGAAACUGGCUCAAGAAGAAGAGAAAAUAGCAAAGAAAGGAGGGAAGCUGGCUGAGGUAAAAAAUAUAUUGGCCCAGAAAGUGGAAAAACUGGCCCAGAAGGAGCAAGAUAUGGCAUCGCAAGAAAUGGAACUAGCCCAGGAACUGGAGGAGCUAGCAUGGGAAGAGGAGGAACUGGCCCGGAAGGAAGAGGAACUGAAUCAGGAAGAGGAAGAACUGGGUGAGAAAGAGGAGGAGGGACUGGCUCAGGAAGAGAAGACACUGGCCUGGAAAGAAGAGGAACUGGCUGAGGAAGAGAAAAAAUUGGUCCAGGAAGAAGAGCUGCUGAUCCAGGAAGAGAAGAAACUGGCCCAGGACAAGGAAAAACUGCGUGAGGAAGAGGAAAGUCUUGCCCAGAAAAGGGAGCAAUUGAUGGAGAAUAAGGAAAAACGGGUCCAGGAAGAAGAGCUGCUGAUCCAGGAAGAGAAGAAACUGGCCCAGGACAAGGAAAAACUGCGUGAAGAAGAGGAAAGACUUGGCCAGAAAAGGGAGAAAUUGAUGGAAAACAAGGAAAAACUGGCCCAAGAAAGAGAAAAACUGGUCCAGAACAAGGAGGCACUCACAAAGAAUAAAAUACUAGCCCGGAGGGGGAAGACUCUGGCUCAGGAGAAGGAGAAUCUGGCUCAGAGGAAAGCGAACCUACUCCAGGUCAAACAAAACCUCACCCAGGACAGAAAUAAAUUAGUCCAAGUAAAAGAGAAACUGGAUGUAUACAAGAAUAAACUGACACCGAUGGAAGAGAAGAUUAUGGAGGAAAAGAAGAAACUUUUCCAGAAGAAGGAAAAACAGGCUGAUGCAGAGAAAAAACUGACCCAAGAAGAGGAAAGUCUGGCUGAGAAACAGCACAAACUAGGCCAGGACAAAAUGAAAUUAGCUGUGGAGAGCAGGGCAGUAUUUCAAGAACUGCAGCUUCUCAGAGGAGAGUGGGAUGUUACUAAGGAAGAAAAGGCAUUGGACAUGGAAAUGAAGAAACUAGCUCAGGAGAAGGUGAGACUAGCUGAGAGGAAGGAAACUCUCUCCAAGGGAGAGAUUCAAGAAACCUCAAGAAAGAAAAAACCAACUAAGGAUGAACUAGAACUAAUUAAGAGGAAAUUGGCACUAGAGGAGAAGAUCCUGGUAUUUGAAGACAGGGUACUGGCCACAGAGCAAAGGGACAUUGCCAAAGGAAAACUAGAGUUUAUUAGAGGAGGGAGAGUCUAUGCCCAGGAAGAAAGGAAGCUAGCCAAGGUAAUAAGGAAGUUGGCUAAAGAAAGCAAGGGCAUUUCCAAGGAACCAUCAAAAGUGAGCAGCAAAGUCUUGAAGGUACUUCAAAACCUUACCAAAAAAGAAAGGAAACUAACCCAGGAAGAAAUACAGAUGACAAAAUUAAAGAGAUCACUUUUCUUUAUGGAAAGGAAAUUGAGCAAGGAACAGCAUACACUUGAUGCCAAAGAGUGGGGUUUUUCUGAGGAAGAAUCAGAAAUAACCGAAGAUGAGAAGAAACUGGCUAAGCAGCAGAGAAAACUGGCCAAGGAGAUGAGGAGAAUGAUAAAGAAAGAGAAACAAAUGACUGAGGAAGAAAGCAGAUUGGCCAGGCAACAGAGAGAAGUCAUAGAGGAAGAAGAGGAAGAAGUGACAGAGGAAGAGGAGGUAAUGCCGUUCCUUAAACAAAGGUCAAGAAAGAGGAGAAUGGACAUGAGACAGGAAGAGUUUCCCCGUCAAGGGGAUAAGGUGGAAAGAGAAGAGAGCUUUUAUGAAGAAAUGGAAAGCCUGUUACAUGAAGUAGAGCGAGACAGUUUGUCUGAGGAGGAGAAAGAGGAAGAGGAGGAGGAAGAGAAGGAAGAAGACAAGGAGGAAGAGCAGGAGGAGGAAGAGGAUGAAGAGGAGAAGGAGGAGAAGGAAGGGAAGGAGAAGAAGAAGAAGAAGAAGAAGGUUCAGGAGCAGGAAGUGUUUGAGGAGAAGGAAGCCAUCAUGAGGGAGGAACAGAUAGAAAGUUUGAGCGAUAAAGAAACAGAAGAAGAGGAGAGAAGCUCAUUGGAGGAAGAGGUAGACAAGGAAAAAGAGAUCUUAAAAAAAGAAAAACUAUUUAAGUUACAAGAGGAGAGAAGAAAGGACCUAAGAGAAAGCGGCACAGUCCCUUCUAUUAGAAAAAGAAUCCCUGAGGUCAGAGGCAGUCCUAUAAAACGGGGAGUUCUGAAAAGCCCUUCCAGGAAACUUAUCUCAAUAGCUCUGGGGAGGGAAGAGAAAAGACCAGUGCCAGUGCCUACGAAACAAAUAUCCUGGGAAGACAAGGCCACAGUACUUGAGACGUCCAAGAUAUUCCCAGAGCCAAGGUUUGUAGAUAAACAAGGAGAACUGUUGAAGAAACAUAAGCCCACACCUCCACAAGUUAUGGGUACAGUUUUGGAGUCCCAAGAGCCAGACUUAAAGACCGCAUAUUUAUCCCACAUAUUGAGGAAGACCAUGGAAGCUCAGAAACUCCAGGGCAAACCAGUAGGGGCCAAGUGGCAGUGGCUUUUGCAGCAUCAUCCAUCUCUGCUGGCACAGACCGAGGUGCAAUUACCUGUGCCCCACAUCCUGGCUGAGGAAAUAUAUGCAGAGGUAAGCCUCUCAGAUGUUGAGUGGCUUCACCAUGUCCUAGAACGGAUGGAGGCAGGAGAACAGAUUUCCAGGGAUAGUUUCCACAGAUUGUGCCAGCUCCUCAAAGACCUCACCUCAAAGGGAAACUUAGAAUGGAUGCAUCUGGCCAUCCUUGAAGCCAUAGUGUACCGCCAUAGGCAGGUCCUGGAAUCACGAAGCACAGGUGUCUCAAAACUCAGUAAGGAGCCCAUGGGUCCAAAACACCUGAAAGUGAUCCCUCCUAUAAAAGGAAAGGAAAAGGAAAGCUCACUAAAACCUUUGGCUGUCCCCACACCAAAGUUGCCAUUAGCUACGAAAAGGAUUCCAGACCCAAAGGCUAUAAAUUGGCAUCUUCUGGGAGAGCCUUACAGGAGUGCUUGGGCAGAGCAGAUAUCCAGUGCUCUCAAGGAGAUGGAGAUACAACACUUUUAUCCUAACGCAAGAGACAUUCCUACAGGUGCCCGUGCCUCUGUGGAAAAACAAACACUAGCACUGAUGUUUCAAAAGGACUUCUGGGCUUUUAAGGAUAGGGGCAGGUUUCCCAAAUUGCCCAAGUUGAAGAAGAAGACACAGCCCAUCUCCAAGAAAAAGGAAGAGGUGCCCCAAUGGGAGACAUUUGUGGCACUGUACCAUGUUUUGCGGAUGUUACAGGAGCGAUAUGCAAAAGACAGUGCUGCUUGGAUGGAACAGUUCUACCACCUCAUGGACCUGUACCAACUUAAGUCGCCCCGAAUCCAGAGGCUGCUACAGGAGCUGCUCCUGAGAGGGGAACCCCAGUUCCAAGAGACCAUCUACAAAGAGGCCUUAAAGACCAUGGAGCUAGUUCCCGGGGAGCGGUUGUUCUACCGCUUGUUUUGUGGUGGCUCUCACAUCCCUAGAGGUCCUCUGGAGUUCCAGGAGGUGGUGUCCCUCCCAGGGCAGAACAAUGUGCAUACCGUGCUUCCCAUGGGCAUUGCCCACUAUGGGAUCUUAGAACUGGCCUGGAAGAGCCUGCCCCAGGCUGACAUUCACCUCACCAAGGAAUUUCCCCUCAUCGUUGCUCCUACCCCCUAAUUUGAGACUGACUGGAGGUCAAGAUUUUUCAUUCCCACCUGGACAAAGGCCUUGUUCUCAGAAUCUAGACCUUUAUCUCUAGGGCCCACACAGAGGUAGGGCCAGGCCAAAGCCCUCUCCCUACCCUGCUCCAGAAGCCAGCUUUUAUAUGUGGAAUAAAGAGGAAGUUCUCAU